CAUAAAACUGAAGGCGAGGAAGGGAAGCAAAGAAAAAAGAGAAAGUUAUUGUGUUAUUGUUUUCUCUCUCUAUCUGUGUUUCUUUGUUGGACUCAUUCGCUUCAAACGCAUCUAUCGCUUCCCCACCUCUUUCUACUACCACUACUCGAAUGAGAAUGGUGCUGCUUCUGCUCUUGCCUUUGCUGGCCCUUUUCUCAAGAGACACCGUUUCUUCCAUUAUCUUUUGAUUCCUUCUCAUCUUAUUUCUUCUAUUUUAUUUUAUUUAUUUUAUUUAUUUUUUGUUUUGGUUUUGGUUUUGGUGUUGGUUUUGGUCCACCCUUCUAUUGAACACUCCGCCUUAUAGGCCUUCCCCAUCUUUAUUUCUUUCAUUCUUGUUCUGUGCUUCUCAUUAUUAUUGCCUUCUCCUUUCUCUCUCUCUCUCUCACCUCUGCAUUUCUUGUCCCAUUAAUUCUUCACCUUCGCAUUCUCUCAAACACCAUGGCUGUGCAAGCUCAAUAUCCCUCCAAUGUACUCUUUCUAAACUGCAGCAAAACCGGAAAAGAACCAUAUGACUAUUCUAUGGCAGGGGAACUCCUUGAUCAUCAUAAUCAAUCUCCUAUGUUAUUCAACAACGGAGGUAGUAAUUCUCGAAAGAGAGGAAGAGAAACAACAGCAGCGCCAAACCUUGUCAAUUCAUUCUCUUUACAAUCACAAUCUCAAUCUCAAUCUCCACAGUUCAUAGACCUCACUCAACUUCAUAAUCAAAAUGUAGUCUCCACAGGGCUCGGCUUAUCCUUUGGUGACCAACAAUUACAACAACAACAGCAUGGGUGUUACUCCUCUUCUCUCCUAUCUCUUUUACCCGAUGCUUUCACCUUGCAAAUCAAACAACACCAUGAUCAAAUCGACCAAUUCCUUCAACUCCAGGGCGAGCAAUUGCGGCGGGCAUUAACGGAGAAGAGGAAGAGGCAUUAUCGGGCGCUGCUGAGGGCAGCGGAGGAAUCGGUGUUGCGGCGGCUGAGGGAGAAGGAGGUAGAGGUGGAGAAAGCGACGCGGCGCAACGCGGAGUUGGAGGCACGCGCGGCGCAGCUUGGCGUGGAGACGCAGCUUUGGCAGGCGAAGGCGAAGGCGCAGGAAGCGACUGCGGCAUCGUUGCAGGCGCAGCUGCAGCAGGCCAUGAUGAGCGGCGAGGAUGGCGGGGGAGGGGUGUCGUGCGCCGGGGGCGAGGCCGAGGAUGCCGAGUCAGCAUGUGUUGACCCGGAGCGAGUUGGUCCGAAAUGCAGAGGGUGCGCAAAACGCGUGGCUUCAGUGGUGGUUUUGCCGUGUCGCCACCUAUGCAUCUGCGCUCAGUGCAACACACAUUUUCGGGCGUGUCCCGUUUGCCUCACCGUUAAAAAUUCAACCGUUCAAGUCCAUCUUUCUUAAUCUUAGUACCCAUUCACAUGCCUCUCCUUCGCAACUAAACACACCCAAAUCAGUAUCGCAUUAAACAAUAACAGUAAUAAUAAUAAUAAUAAAAAAAAUCAAAUGUUUUUAUUUAUUUAUUUAUUUUCUCUCACUAGUGUUUAUCUUUUUAAUGAAUCCAAGGGGGAUUUUUUUUUUCUUUCUUUGUUGUUGUACAUCACUGAGAAGAGAAUUGAGAAGGUUGGGUGACUAUUUUUGUUUUUUUAUAAAUUCUUAACCCUCCUUGAAUUUUAUAUUUCUUCAUUGGAGCACAGUAAAUUUAUAAUUGCGUAGGUGAUGUACUUGGAUGGCCACGUGGUUAUUAUUAUUAUUAUUUUUUAUAAAUACAAUCCAGUAAAUACUUUUAUUGGAUAAA